UGAACAUGUAAGUGGGAGAGGGAGAUGAGCUGCUUUUGUUCUCGUGGGAAGGGUGUGGGCGUUGAUCAUAUAGGGACGACAAAGCCAAAUUCAAGGAAAGGGAGAGGCACAGCCUCGAGUUUCAGUUUUCGCGAGCUUACAUCGGCAUCCAGGGGUUUCAAGGAAGUCAAUUUGAUCGGUGAAGGAGGUUUUGGAAAGGUUUACAAGGGCCAACUCUCCACAGGCCAGCUUGUUGCUAUCAAACAAUUGCGUCUAGAUGGUGAUGGCCAUCAAGGUAAUCGCGAAUUUGUCACCGAGGUUCUUAUGCUAAGCCUCCUUCAUCAUUCUAAUCUCGUCAAAUUAAUCGGCUACUGCACCCAUGGAGAUCAAAGGCUUUUGGUUUAUGAAUACAUGCCUAAGGGAAGCCUCGAACAUCAUCUUUUCGAUACUAACCUAGAGAGAAAACCACUAAGCUGGAAAACUCGACUGAACAUUGCUGUGGGUGCUGCGCGGGGCCUCCAGUAUCUCCAUUGUUCAGCGAAUCCACCUGUUAUCUAUCGGGACUUGAAAUCUGCCAACAUCUUAUUAGACGAUGAUUUGAACCCUAAACUCUCGGAUUUUGGGCUUGCUAAGCUAGGACCUGUUGGAGACAAUACCCAUGUUUCCACAAGAGUCAUGGGAACAUAUGGCUAUUGUGCCCCCGAGUACGCCAUGAGUGGCAAAUUAACCCUUAAAUCUGAUAUCUACAGCUUUGGUGUCGUCUUGCUAGAGUUGAUCACCGGACGUAAGGCAAUGGAUGUCGCUAGAAAACCACGCGAGCAAAGCCUCGUUGCAUGGUCUCGGCCAUUUUUGGGUGACCGGAGAAAGCUUUCGCAAAUGGUUGACCCUCUAUUGCAAGGAAACUACCCGAUACGUUGUUUGCACAAUGCAGUCGCUAUAACUGCCAUGUGUCUUCAGGAGAAACCGAAUCUUCGUCCAUCCAUUGGUGAUAUUGUUGUUGCAUUGGAGUACUUGGCCUCUGAAAGUGUUUCUGAAGUCCACAGGCGAGGACAUGCCAUGCGCAGCCCACUCCAGCAACCAACACCAAAAACAGAUACAGAUACAGAUACUGAUACAGAUAGAAACCAGAAUUAAAUAUGUUUUUAUCUGUAAUAUCUCUUUCUUUUUUAUUAGUCUUUAUGAUAUUUUAAAUGAU